AUGGAGAGCUGUAUUUCCGUGGCUCAGGAACGCGCGUCUUUGACGAUCCUGCAAGUGGAGAAGUCACACCAGACAGCGUCUUCUGGAUCUAUCGCCGCACUGAAAUUGGUGGAACAGGGAAAGCUCAGUCUUGAUACCCCCAUAUCGAAUUAUAUACCCGAACUGAAGGAACCUGGGAUUAUCAGCAGCUCUGCGCCGCUCACUUUGAAGCCUGCGGAAACCGCGAUUACUCUGAUGCACAUCUUGAACCACUCAAGCGGUUUAUACUACAAAUAUGAAAGUUCCGAUCCACCGUACACCCUUUCGGCUCCAUAUACAAUUCCGCAAGACGGGGAGUUGAAUGACGUAUUCAAGAAAUUUUAUGAUAAGAUCAAGAAAGCAUCGCCUUCAAUUCCUCUUGCCUUUGAACCUGGUACCAGCUUCAGCUACGGAUGGAGCUCCGAUAUCGUAGGAUUUGUGGUGGAAAAGGUGUCUGGACAUACCCUUGAGAAGUAUUGCAAGGAAAAUAUUUUCGAGCCUCUAGGAAUGAAAUUCGCCUCAUUCUACUUGACCCCCGAAUUAAAGGAACUUGCCGUCCCUUUGGCCUUCCGUGAUGCAGAUGGAAAGCUCCUUCGGUUUACUGGUCAAACACCUCUAAUAGAACAAGAUCCUUCGAAAGUCCAGUUGCACUUUGGAGGCGCAGGCCUCUAUGCUUCCCUUCGCGAUUAUCUUACCCUUCUUCGCCACAUCUUACAAAUUCAAGCCGGACGACCGGUUCUGAACCCAAUUCUCAAGGCCGACACCGUUAAUAGCUUCUUCGUACCCACUCUCACUGAGGAGGGUGCUAAAUCACUCAUCAGUAGAUUCAGUACCCCUGCUAUAUCCCACAGCACCGCUUUGGGAGUGACAACUGAGGAUUGGCCCGGGAAACGAAGGAAAGGGAGUGGUUUUUGGGGUGGCUGGGCAGGCACUGAGUAUUUUCUGGAUCCGACAACUGGUGUUGCUGUGGUUUUUGGAACUCAGCUUUGCUCGCCAGGUGAUCCGGAGGAGAGGAAGUUGUGGGCGGAGUUGGAGGAGGUUUUGUAUGCAGGUUUGGAGAAUUAA